AUCAUUCGCUUAAUUGAGCAUGUACUGGUACUGUACUUGUACUUGUACGGGUCCUGCAAUGUAACGCGUUUCCUUUCCGUGUCUUUUUGAUAUCUUCUGCACUCAAUCUGCACCUGGUACAAUCAGGGGAAUGCGGUACCUGCGUCGUGCACGGCCAAUCAAUGCCCCGACUCGAUGACAUCAUAUAUAUAGAGUGAGAAAUGACAACCACGGAUCGUCUGAUCACUGCUAACUUUUUAUGUAAAUCACCCAUGGCCAACGACAUUGCAUUUUCCUACUCUGGAGUAUUCAUUCCUGUCCUCCGAUAUGAAUGCUUUACUCUGCUCUCUGGUACAGCCUGAUGUGGACUCGAUUCAGGGGUGAUCGGCUCUCCGCAUUAAUGGUUCAGACCGCCCUGGAAAUUAUUACCUGCAGAUGAAAAUGAAAACUCUUACCACCACAGCCCAUAACAUUAUUGCACUGCACAACCAGUAAUGAGCAUGACCAUGAAGUCUCUCUAUCUCACCCUCUACAACUCCCUCAACGCCGCUCUCUGGGGCCGAAUCCUCGUCUCCACCCUCACCACAUCCACUUCCUCUUUGUACCCAUCCAUCGAACCCUGGGCCCGGGGUACUCAAUCUCUGGCCAUUGCCGAAAUCCUUCACGCUGCAUUGGGAAUAACCCGCGCCCCCGUCUUCACAACCUUCACGCAGGUCUUCACCCGUUGCGUCCAGGUAUGGGCCAUUGACCGGGGUUACCCACAACUUUUCUCUUCGUCUCCGGCCUCCGGGGUCGGAGUCGGACAUGCACCCGAGCCCGGGCUCGGACUCGGGGUGAGUGUCUAUGCGGCUAUGCUUUUUGCCUGGUCAUUGGCGGAUGUUGUGCGGUAUUCGUAUUUUGUGAUUUUGUUGACGGGGUCGGUUACUGUGCCUGGGUGGUUGAAGUGGUUGCGGUAUUCGUUGUUUUUUGUGCUGUACCCCAUUGGCAUUGGGGGUGAGUGGUUCUUGAUGUAUAGUGCUGCGCGGGUGGCUGAUACUACAUCGUCGCUGAUUUACUACUUCUGUCUGGGGCUAUAUGUGCCUGGCGCCAUCAUGAUGUACUCCUACAUGGUCAAGCAGCGACGAAAGACGCUCUACGGUCGCGGUCGUUGAUCUUGUAACCAUAAUACCUUUUUUGAACGGGUAUCGCUAAAAAAAC